AUGGAGAAUGUCAAGGAUUACAAUGAACUAGUACUUUGGAAAGUUGAAGUUCCUCAGGAAAAACUUAAUAAUUCUCUUACCAAAACUGAAAUUGAACAGCUCGGAGUUAUAAAGGCCUUCCCAAACGUAGAUAAAUUUUCAAUUGACCAGCUUGUUUAUGCGCUCGCCUUGAUUUGGAACAUUGAGACAGGGAAAUGUGAUUCUCCGAGCCCACAAAAUGACCCGUAUGUUAAACUGAAGGCGGAACCCUCCUUUUUCAAAGCACGAUUACCCCGAGGUAUAACCCAAAAAACUCUCACAACAGUUGAUCUGUGUCUCCCUUCUUAUGAAUCUGGAACAGUGAACUAUCAUAAUCCCUUUUAUGAUGAUCAGCAAUUCAAAGAAGCAGUUUCUUUUGUGAAAGAAAAGAUCGAAAAUAAUAUUGGAGACAUAGUUGUGCUUGCCGGAGUUUCAGGUGGUGGAAAAACAUCGACAACGUUUGGAAUAGCUAUGCAACGUUGGUCAAUAUAUAUUGAAUUUUCUCCCGGCGCAGGAACGUAUGGCAACCAUGUAGGGAAAGAGCUUGAAACAAUCAAAGAUGAACAACCAAAGUUUGAACAGCAUGAUCUGCAACGUCAUACGCUCAUCGAGAAAAAUACUUUGACGCCAAAAGAAUGGCUGUUUUCACAGCUUCGAACGAAUGAUUCUAAGAUCCGAACGAAAUUGGCUCGUGAAAAUUAUGAUACUUUUAAUGUUAAUGCACUUAUCGAAAGUAUCAAUGAUUGUCUCAACGUAGAGUCUCUAACCUUAAUAUUUGAUGAGGCGCAAGUCCUAUGUAGAUCUGAAUAUGGAGAAUACAAAGGGAGCUCAGUUCCAAACAAAAAAUGGAAUCUCUUACAGUCUUACAUUGAACAUCUUACCAAUCUUCCCGUUACCUGCCUUCUUGCCGGUACUUACAUGCAUAUGUCAAGCGGAAUUUCUCUUGUUACUAGUGUUGGAAAAAAACGAGAUUUGAAGGAUCAUAUUGUGCUAAAGCUUCCCUUCCUUUCACAUAAUGAUGUCCUGCGGAGUCUCAAUGCUGUAAUUGACCUGACAGAUGUUUCACCCAAAAUUCUUAACUUAUUGGGAUGUCUUCUCAAGGGACGGCCUCGAAACUGUGCAUCAUUUGUUAGGCUGUUGAUAUCAGAGCGGAUUUCAGUUAAUAGAACGAAAGAUCAAAAAAACCAAGAAAUUAUUAAACUUAUUGAGAAGUGGUAUAAAAUGAUUUGCGAGGAUAUGGCAGAUUAUUUGGAAAAUGCGUGUAAAUAUUUGGAUGCUAAUAACCUCAAUCCAGAUAGAGCAAUUAUAGAUGUUCUUAGGCUUCGUGUUUUUUACAAUCGAAAGUACGAAUCAGCCAUAAAGCUUCUUCAACACAGCAUCAUUCCUUGCAAAUCACCAGAAUGCAUCACUCUUGGAUCUAGUAAACUUACUCCUGAUAUAAUCGAAAUCAACACAUCACUUGAAUCUUACCUCGUCUCCAGCAUAGAACUUUUUCUUAAAAACACAAGAAGAAAAACUUUGGUAGAAGUCUUUAUUGAUGAAAUUAUCAGGCUUGAUGGCAUUCCAUCAAUUGGUAAUGAAUUUGAUGCAAUCUUUAUUACAGCAAUCAUUCAAAAACGUGGGAUUAAUGCGCGAGAGGAACUUAACAGGUGGAAAAAUGGUCAACAAUUUGACCUUCCUUCAUGGAUCACUCCCACGAUGAAAUUUGUAACAAUUUCAAAUCUAUCAAAAGCAGUUCCUAUAGCCAAAUAUGUUGAAGAUGAAACUUAUAGUUAUUACGCAAUCCAACCAGACACCUAUUCAGGAUCGGACUUGGUGAUUUCUCUUGUGGAUGAUAAGCAAAAUAUAGUACUGUUAUCAGCAAGCUGUACAGUUUCUGGAAGUCCUAUUAAGCGAGACAAGAUUAAAAAACAGUUAAUCAAGUCAUGUCUUGAUGUAAUUCCCGAUGAUACCACGGCCAAAGAGAAUGACUCAGAAGAGGAUGAGGGUGACUUAGAAGAGGAAGAUUAUGGACAAUAUUUAAACUUUGAUGAUGUAGAUUAUGAUUUGGACUACACUAAAAACAUCGAGAAAUACCGGAUAUCUAAUGUCUCUGAGCGUGCAGAGAAUCAUGAGAAAAUCAAAACCUCAACUGAGAAUCGAAAACAUAUUUAUGUUUCUGUGGAACUUCCUCAUAGACGUAGUAAAAGACCAGAAUUGUUUCGGUUCAAUGAAUAUGGGGAUCUUGUGAUUAUUGUUGAUGAUCGUAAUAUGGAGCAUAUUUUUGGACCGGUCAUUAAGGAGCUAGUGGAUAGUCUUAG